CGGCGCCAUUGCACAAGACCUUCUUGGUCCUCACCAACCCAUCAACCUUUGCUCGCUCACUCCCCACCUCGCACAUCGUCCUUCGUCGAGGGUCAUCUGCCACGACACUUCACUCUGCUCGUGUCCAGCAGCGAUCGGCUCCGAGUGACCAGGUCAGGUAACCACCAGUCACCUGUCCUCCUCUCGGUCACCCCGCGCUCCCUCAAGCUCCGCUCACACGACGUCACCCGCCAGCGACCUCCUCCGCGUCUACCUACACCCACUUGGAGACAUCAACUCGACGUGGUCAUCGUCUAGCGGAGCGCCGUAGCGAGAGCAGCUAGCGCAUUUGUCCCCUCGUCCGUCAUUGCAAGCCGCACCCUCCGGUCAUCGUAUGCACAGUGGCCCCCGCAACGAGACUUCAUCGGACCCAUAUAGAUUACAACGCUCCCUCGACGAUUCCUCGCCGUCUCGAAUUUACGCACCCCUGCCCACUUGGAACAACGGUAGUGCAUCGGCUUCCACCCUCACAUAUCCCAGGAACGCACCCCUAUCGCCAAAGGCUUCUGGUGGCACUUCGCAAACCACCGGCAUGGCCCAACAACAGCAACAGCAGCAUCUCAACCAAGGGUUAGGUGGUCAACAGCUCAAUCACGGCGGGAUGCAACAACAACAGCAGCAGCAACAAGGGCCAGGGCUGGGCCAACAGCAGCAGCAUGGAGGACUAGCAGGCAACGGACUGCAACCAAAUGGGGCACCUGCAGCCAAUGGAGGCGGGAGUCAGGAUGCUGCCAGCAGCUCGCAGCCAGAAUACUCCUUGGCAGGAAUUCUGCAUUACCUCCAGAGCGAAUGGAGGCGGUACGAGAAGGAUCGGAACGAGUGGGAGAUCGAAAGGGCCGAGAUGAGGGCUCGUAUCGCCCUUCUGGAGGGUGAGCGGCGUGCAGUGGAGAACCUGAAAACAGAUCUCAUGAGGAGGGUGAAGAUGCUCGAGUAUGCUCUGAGACAAGAGAGGUCCAAGUUUCUCUCCUCUUCUGGUGCUCAAGGAACUCUAAAGAAUCCUAUCGUCGCUGGGCUGGAGAAAGACAGCAAUACGCUUUCAAGUGGACGGAGCACUCCAAUCCGAUUGGAAGAGUCAGAUCCCAACAUCGCAGCCCAGCGUCCAAACUCAACGUAUGCUACAAAUACGACCGGCACGUCAGCGCUGGGAGGCGUCGGAGGGUCCGCUGCAACGGGCAGCACGCUCGGUCAGCAGCGUGGAGCCAAGGAUGGUCGAUCAAGAGAGAAGAGCCGAGACUACCUCAAGCAAUGUCUGCAAGAGAUCGCGUAUCUCACUAGCGCUACUACUCUCAACCCACUCCCCGAUCGGCCCACUGGCUCCCUUCUCCACGGGACGGGCAACCAGCAGGGGCCACCACGGCCUCGCAAGACUCUGGCGGACGAGAGUGGACCCGAGGGCAUGGCCAGGCACAUGUCUGGCCCUGGCGCCCAGAAUGCUGCAGGCGAUGUUGAGCAGAGGGCACCUGCAGACGAGGGCCACAAUGGUGGCGUCGCUGCUGCCAUUGAGCAGCGUCCGGCUUCGCCCAGACCCUUUGUCAUCAACGAGGAGACCGCGUCAGAACAAGUACAGCGCAGUGAGCCCCCUCUGCUUGACUUUCAGCCCAGCGGCGGCCCAAAUGACUGGAGAACUGAGGAACGAAAUAGCAGUGGAGCAGGACAGGAAGAUUUGAUCGAUGCUAGCCGGCAAGAGCUGAAUGAGACUUCGGAGAAAGUACAGAAGCUGCUGCGAGGAGGCGCAAGCAACGGCACCUUCGAAGUCGGCGAAGGUGGCAGUAGAAGUGGUAUGGAAGACGAUGCUCUGCUCGAGGAAGCUCAUGCUGCCAUGGAGGAGAGCCAGAGUUGGAAGCUCAAGAAGACGCUGGCGCUUCACAAGGGUUCGGUGAAGGCUCUUGCCUUUGACUCGGUUAGUCUCUCAUUGUUUACAGCCUCCGACGAUCACUCUGUCAAGAUGGUGAGGGUUGACUCGAUCGAUGGCGUGAGCACUUCUUCGGGUACCUCUAGCGCUGCAUCGGUCUCGCGAGGGUCUGCUUCCCGCGCAGUUGCAUUUACUGGACAUACAAGCGCUGUCACGGCUCUUGUCACCUGCCCGUCGAAGAAGGUACUCUACAGCGGUUCGCUCGACGCAACGCUGCGGACGUGGAGGAUCCCAGAUGGCGUGGAGGAUCAUGAGCAGUCGAGUACCCCUGGAGAUGACAGCAAACUAGCAGGAGAGCAAGUCGACAGCCAGACGGUGCCAUCCGAAAUUACCCAGAUGACUCUGCUGCCUUCUCCUCGAGGCGAAGACGCUAUCUUAGCCACCGCCUCUGCGGACGGUCUUGUCCGACUAUAUUCGCUGGAAGACGAAUCGAGCAAACCCGCUCUGCUCUUCGAGUUCGAUUACUUUGGUGUCGACUCACCGCCGGAAUGUGAGGCAGCUCGGGAGGAGUUCAGAGCCGAGACGGGCGGUCUGCCUGUGCCGACUAGCAUCUGCUCGAUCCAGUGCGAUCUCAAGCUGUGUGCCGUCAGCUACUCAAAUAGCUUUGUCAAGAUCUUUGAAGUCGCAUCGGGCAAGGAAAUGUCUCCUGCGUCAAACUCCAACUCGGAAGGUGCUACUGUCUCGUACGGUCCCCUCAAUCUGCAAGGAUCACGAGGCGACGACCCUUCUUCUCAACCCAACGCUUGUGUCUCUCAUCCCACUCUCCCUCUCCUCUUCACGGGCCACGAAGACAAAUUCCUCAAGGUCUCGCAUCUGCACACCAGGAAAUGUCUCGCGAGCAUGCAUGGCCACAAAGAUGCGGUGACCUCGCUGGAUAUUGAUCCGGCGGGACUAAAGCUUCUGAGUGCCGGUCAUGACGGAGCGCUGCGUAUCUGGGAGAUUGUGGAUGUCCUGAAGACGUUUACGGAUGAUGGGGAGACGCAGCAGGAGGGUGCUGGCGCAGCCGGGAAGAAGGCUGCCGGAGCGGUGCAGUCGCAAGCAAACGGAGUCAAGAGCAGUGAUGAGGCAGCUCCGGACUCGUCCUCUACUCCUGCUCCUGCCCCUGCUGGCGAGGACGACGCCGACGACGAGGACGAUGAAGAAGACGCCACCUUGCGUCUGGUGCAGGAGAUUGUCGACCACCACAAGACUGUGCAGGGCGAAGGCGUGUUUGUGGUGCGGUAUCACCGCACGAGACCUUACUUUGCCGCUGGUGGGGCGGAUGGUUUGGUCAGGAUAUACGGGUGAAGGAGGAAGUAGGAGGUAAGAGGGAGGUGAGAGGGACAGGAAAGUCGAGGACAAAUGGAGGUACGGGAUGCAAGGAGGACGAGACGGCCCUCGAUGUAGACAGGGUGGAAGUGGAGCAGAUUUGAAUGAGGCAAUGAAUGAAGCAUAUCAAGACAUCCCGAAAAGAAAUGUUUUGUGAGGAAGCACUAACCUCGUUCCACGAAAGAGGGCAGAGGUCAGUAGUACCAGCCCAGUAGUAGUGUAUUACGUAUCUCCACUCUAGUCCACUAUAGUCUAAUCAACAAGACGUGCCGCCGCUA